AUGAGGAUGUGGAGAGAGCUUGAGGCGAGCAAAGUGUUUACCAAAGGACUGCCUCCUUUGCUUGUCCUGCUUCUAGCGUCGAUUGCAUGCGAGGCGCAGAAUGUUCCGUUAUGGAAGCAUGUCAGCGACAACGCAGAAGUAUCGGUUGCUACUAGUGCAGCACAGUAUGUGAUUGCUUUGAUGAACAUCGGAAUCAUGUUUGACCCUUUGACUGGCAAUCGCAUUCCUUUCUUCAAUCAGUUCACUCAGUUUGAGCGACUGAUGUCGGCAUCAAAGCAUUCGCCAAGCGUGGUGUAUGGAAUAGAACCCAGAUUCUUCUUGAUUGUUGAGGUCACCCAAGAUUCGGAUCCCUUUCCUUUCCUUAUAGAAACCUACCAGGACAGUCUGGGGAACUGGCAAGUGUCGAAGCCGGAUGCGGUGCGACCGCAGGCAGCGAGCUAUGAAGUCUCGAUUCCUAUCACAGAGAUGUUGUGGCUUUCUGUGAAAGAGAACGAGCCUGCUAUCGUUUCUGCGCGAGCUGCUGGUGAGGGUUUUGCCAAGUUCCUGAUGGAGAACAACUACUUUCCUUCAGUAGAUCCAAACACAAACAUGGUGGAAGAGCGGCUUCUUCUCAUGAAGAUGCGCGACGUCAGUCCGACCAGCGUCGCCGUCGCUGCUCGCAACCGCGAGGUGUGGGAUACAGAAAAGCUCGAGAAGCUCGACAAAGAAAUUGAUCGGCUCGGAAGUUUGCUGGCGGACAGGCUGCAGGAGAAAAAACAACUCCUUCAAUCUGUACAAGAGAGAAUUCUCAGAGAGGGGAAGGACACACGAUCAGGAAGUUAUGAUUCUGUGGAAAGCGUGGAGGAGAGGUUGAAGAGGAUCGAGCUUGUUGUGAAGGACUUGGAGACGCGUCUAGAAGCGAAGGAAAAGGACAAAGGAGACUUGCUCAAAGUCAUCGACGAGAACGCCAAACAAACGAUGAGGCAGCGGCGGCAGCUCUUCCUGUACAGCGACGCAUGGAGGACGUCGGACAUCUCCAGCUGGAACCUUCAGGCGCACAUGCCCUUCUCGUGGGACUACCAGACCCUCUCUGACAGACUCAACCUCACUUCCAUCCCCACCUGA